AUGAUAACCCCUUCGAUUGCCGAACAAAAGGCGAAGGUAAACAGCCAGAUCCAGGACCUGCGGAAGAAAAUACAACUCUCAGAGGGAGCAAGCAAAGCCUUCUAUGAGGAGAGCGAGGCGGAGAAGCAGAGCAACAAGGCUUCCAUCACUUCUCUCAGAGCUGAUAUCAAACUCCUCCAUGUCAGAAUUGAAGAGGCUAAACAGGGCAGCGAGCGCAGUGUGGAAAAGGUACUGCAGCAGAGACGGCGAGCCAACAGCGCCCCCUGUCGCGUGAAAAAGGCAGACGGGACUAUCAAAGCAUCCGAAUACAAGCUACACGAUUUGGUCAAGAGGCUCAACUUCCUCCAACACACGUCAAAGCAGCGGGAAGACCGACUCUCUUCGCUGAACAAACAACUGGAGGAAGCUGCAUCGGAGAGAGCCCAGGAGGAACAACAAACCAUCGAGCAACUGCAGCAGGAGCUCAUCACCUUGGAGAAUGAGCUGGACAGGGUGCGCGUGAACGUCGGCGAGGCCGAGAGCGUCAAGAGACGCUACGGUGCCAUGGUGACAACGCUGAAGGGCGAAGCUGCAUCCUACAAGACGACUUUAGACGGGUUACAAACGAGGUUUGCCGAUGAAAAAGAGGCCGUCAGGAGACUCAGAGACAGCCGAAAAAACGCUGAACGGACAAGAGAUUCUUUACGAGCCCGCCUUCACGAGGAAGAAGAAAGCGCUUACGAGACGAAAAGGGAAAGAGAAAAGAGGCUGUAUGAAUACAGACGGAGGGCAGAGGAACGGCGUCAGCAGGACCUUGGCAUGGCAGCAGACCGUCGCUUGUCCCUGCUGAGGUCACCCACCAGGAGGGACUCUCCUACGCCACUGAUGGCCUGCAGCAUCCAAGAUAUUGAGGGAGAACUGGAGAAAUUCCAACUGGUCUUUGCUAAACUCAAGGAGGUUCUAGGCGUCACCAGCGUGGAGGAGGUCCUUGACAGGCUGACAUCGCAAGGAAACACUCGUGAACACUUACGCCAACUACGUUCUGUCACCCUGGAAGAGGUGACGCGACUGAAACAGGAGAAAGACCAAUUACAUGAGGAGCUACAUCGAGUUAAAUACGAAGCAACUGAAGAUGCUGCUAGGUGA